CCGCGGGGCAUGAGCAGAGAUGGCUGACAACUCAGACUCACGGGAGUCCGAUAAUAACAGUUGGGUCAUCGCCGGAUCCGAGGCACUACCUGUGGAAGAACUCAGUGCUGAAGCUGUGGAGAAAACUGUGGAAGAGGCUGAACUGGCAAAAGAAGGCACCCAUGCUCCUCCUGGCACCAGCCAAUUACCCACCGAACACCCUGAGCCAGAGGAAGCCAGACUCAAGGACCCUGCGGUGGUGUUGGCCCCCAGUUCUGGCUCAGCCCAGACUCCAGAGCCCCCCCACUUGGAAAGGGACCCCCCGCCUUUAAAGGAACCAAGUCAUCGUGAAGUUGAGGCAAGUUCCGCACCCGGCACUGAGGACACCCUAAUCGUCCACAAAGCAGGCCCUCUGGAGCAACAUGUGAGCACAUCCAGCAGUGACGAAGAGGGAGCCACGGAGCGGGACGUGGAAGGCCUGCGCAGACGGAAAGGCCGCGAUGCGCCCCCAGCUCAGCCUGGGAGCUCUCACGAUGGACACAGAGAGGCCCUCGAGAAUGAGGACGGAGGCUUGCCUGGGACAAAAUGGCUGCUGGGCUUGUUAGCUCUCCUGGGGCUGGGAUUCCUGGCCUUCUCAGGAGUCGUCUUUGAUCUGGAAGAAGGCCCUGUGGACACCCUGGACACGUGGAAGAGCUCGGAGGGGGAGGAGCCACAUCUUGGCCCAAAUGGGAAGGGCUGGCCGACUUCACCCCCGUCAGAGCUCAGGAGGGGUGCCAGGCCUCCACGAGCCAAGGACGAGCCGCCGUCGGAGGCCCCCCCCAUGCCCCAGAGCCUGGACGCCAUGGGGGUCCUGCUAGACAAGCUAGCCAAGGAGAACCAGGAGAUCCGGCUCAUGCAGGCCGAACUGCAGUCCCAGAAGGAAGAGCUACAGAGCCUGCUGAGGAAGACGGAGGGUGAGGCGUUGGAGUUCACCUCCCAGCAGCAGAACUUGGCUGCCGAGAACAUCCGGCUGAGGGAAUCGCUGCAGCGGGAGACCUCUGCCCUCCUGGCCGUGCAGGCCGAACUACACUUUCUUCAGGAAAAGAUGCGAGGGAUGGCGGGUGAGGAGGAUGGCGCCAGGCCCCGACGGCACGGGGAAGAGGAACCCGCAGCAGAACGUCAGCGGGACCAGGCCGACAGGCCGGAGCUUGAAACCCGGCGCCUGCGCUCCUUGCUGGAGUCGGUUCGCCACGACUUGGCCAAGGCCUUGCUGCUAACUCCGUCCGGCGACGGGGCUGAGGGGCUGCGGACGGAGCUGAGUGCCAUUCAGCAGAAGCUGAGCCAGGAUCUGGAGCACCCGAGGGGCACCAAACUGCCGCGGAGGGAGGCCCACAAGGCCAAGCGAGGGAAGGAAAGAGCCUGGCCAAAGCGUCACGAGGCCCAGGAAGGGCCAAGGCCUGGGCACCCAGAGCUCAGCUCAGCCAAGGACCAGCGCUCGGCCCAUAAGCUCCCCAAGGUGCCGGACGAUGGGCCUCACCGUCCGAGGAAACACCAGGGCCCGCGGGACACCAAGUCAGCUAAGGAGAGGGAGCCCCAGAGCCUCAGCCGGAAGUCCAGGAAGCCUACUGAGCCCAGUGCAUUGUGGGAGAUGCUGACUCGGCACCAUUUCCGGGCUCCCCAGGGCUGUACCGGCAUCACCGAGUGUGCCCAGCAGGAGGGGCUCGCCCCAGUGCAGAAAACCAGAUUCCUGCAGAUGGUACAGAACUACCUGGCUGGGCUGGGCUGGGGGGAGCACUACGGGGGCCUGGCGGCUGCGCUGGAGAACUUCUUCGGCAGUGACGGGGCCUUUGCCCACAGCCGCACGAGCUUCGUCGACUUUCUGGAUGAAGUCGAGGACGUUCUGGAAGACCUGGCCCAGCUGCUGGGGACCAGCGAAGAGGUGGUCGAUGAUUUUGAGGAGGUGGUCCUGAGGCAGCUCGAGGCAGCUCCGGGGGGAAGGUUCACCCAGCGAGACGGCGCCCAGCGGAAUCCCAAGGAACGGCCGCGCGAGGCCCACGGUCGUAGGAACGGCAGGGAGGGCAGCCAUGGCUAG